ACAUGGCAGCCGAAGGUGGUAGCGAGUCACAGUUGAGAAGGAGAAGGCGCCGGGACACGGAGGAACCUGAAAAAAGGAAACUCGACGAGGGAGAGCUGGUAGUGGCUGUGGCCCAAGAGAACGAAGAAGAAAAUGAAGAGCGCUGGGUUGGGCCCUUACCUGUAGAGGCAGCGCUGGUCAAGAAGAGGAAAGUUCUAGAGUUUGAAAGAGUCUAUCUUGAUAAUCUCCCCAGUGCAUCCAUGUAUGAGCGCAGUUACAUGCAUAGAGAUGUUAUCACCCAUGUGGUGUGCACCAAGACAGACUUUAUUAUUACUGCCAGUCAUGAUGGACAUGUUAAAUUCUGGAAAAAAGUAGAAGAGGGGAUUGAAUUUGUUAAACAUUUUCGCAGUCACCUAGGAGUUAUUGAGAGUAUUGCAAUUAGCUCUGAGGGAGCAUUGUUCUGUUCCGUGGGUGAUGAUAAAGCAAUGAAGGUGUUUGAUGUAGUGAACUUUGACAUGAUCAAUAUGCUGAAGCUUGGCUAUUUUCCUGGACAGUGUGAGUGGAUCUAUUGCCCAGGGGAUGCCAUAUCUUCAGUUGCUGCUUCUGAGAAGAGUACAGGAAAAAUUUUCAUUUAUGACGGUCGAGGAGAUAACCAGCCGCUACAUAUUUUUGACAAACUCCAUACAUCACCUCUUACUCAGAUACGGCUAAACCCAGUUUACAAAGCAAUAGUGUCUUCUGACAAAUCUGGAAUGAUUGAAUACUGGACCGGUCCUCUUCAUGAAUAUAAAUUCCCCAAAAAUGUGAACUGGGAAUAUAAAACUGACACAGAUUUAUAUGAAUUUGCCAAGUGCAAGGCUUAUCCAACCAGCAUAUGUUUUUCACCUGAUGGGAAGAAAAUAGCUACUAUUGGUUCUGAUAGAAAGGUUAGAAUUUUCAGAUUUUUAACUGGAAAACUCAUGAGAGUCUUCGAUGAAUCACUAAGUAUGUUUACUGAACUGCAGCAGAUGAGGCAACAGCUACCAGACAUGGAAUUUGGCCGACGCAUGGCUGUAGAACGUGAAUUGGAGAAGGUGGAUGCAGUAAGAUUAAUUAAUAUAGUUUUUGAUGAAACUGGACACUUUGUACUCUAUGGAACAAUGCUGGGCAUUAAAGUUAUAAAUGUAGAAACAAACCGGUGUGUGCGGAUCUUAGGCAAGCAAGAAAAUAUUAGAGUGAUGCAAUUGGCGUUGUUCCAGGGAAUAGCCAAAAAACAUCGUGCUGCAACUACUAUAGAAAUGAAAGCUUCUGAAAACCCUGUUCUUCAGAACAUUCAAGCUGACCCAACAAUAGUCUGUACAUCUUUCAAAAAGAAUAGAUUUUAUAUGUUUACUAAACGAGAACCAGAAGAUACAAAAAGUGCAGAUUCUGACCGAGAUGUUUUUAAUGAGAAACCUUCUAAAGAAGAAGUCAUGGCAGCUACUCAAGCUGAGGGACCUAAACGAGUGUCAGAUAGUGCCAUUAUCCACACGAGCAUGGGAGACAUUCACAUCAAACUUUUUCCUGUUGAGUGCCCUAAGACAGUGGAAAACUUCUGUGUUCACAGCAGAAAUGGUUAUUAUAAUGGACAUACAUUUCAUCGCAUAAUUAAGGGCUUCAUGAUUCAGACAGGAGAUCCAACAGGUACUGGUAUGGGAGGAGAAAGCAUAUGGGGAGGAGAAUUUGAAGAUGAAUUUCAUUCAACAUUACGACAUGACAGACCAUAUACACUCAGCAUGGCCAACGCUGGCUCGAAUACUAAUGGAUCCCAGUUUUUCAUAACAGUAGUACCAACGCCUUGGCUUGAUAAUAAGCACACAGUGUUUGGACGAGUGACUAAAGGAAUGGAAGUUGUACAGAGGAUCUCCAACGUCAAAGUCAAUCCCAAAACAGAUAAGCCCUAUGAGGAUGUCAGCAUCAUAAAUAUUACUGUCAAGUAAAGUAAGAUUUGUCUCAUUGUCUUUGUAAAUAAAAAUACACAUAUUAAACAUAGGAUUAUUUUACAUAAGGAAGCUCUUAAGAUUUAUUUUUAUAUUUUUCAUUAAAGGCCAUUUUUUAAAAACUCUGCCUUUGAGUUUUCUUGCAGUAUUUCUCAUCCUGAGGUGAUAAACUGAAAUGGACCAAAAUUCAGGCAAAUAGCACUCCUUAUACAUAAUUUCUCAUGAGACUUAAAACCAUAUUAAACAAUGAGAAUGGUAUGCAUUUGUUCCUUAGUUUUUUAAAAAUAUGCCAGAUAAGUCUGCCCUCAAAUGUUUCUUUAGAUCCAAUAAGAAAGGGUCAGGAUGUGACAGUGAUAUACCAUUUCCUUUUACAAAAGGUUUGUGUUACAUGCCAAAUAGUUUUGUCCUUUGAUCACUGUUAAGUAGUAAGUAGUGGUAAGUAAAACUUCAAUAAAUAAAUAGGAAGUGCCUUUGGUCAAAAGUGUUUUCAUUCCUUAAUCAUUAGGAAAUAUUCUUCAAAUAUAAAAAUCAGAAUAAAUGAACACCUGAGUCCUUGGUUUUAUAUACUGAUUCAUUUACUAUUUUCACAUCGUUUUUCUAAUGUAGCUAAACAGUUUUUGUCUUCAGUUUAUGUAGUAUAUCUUUUCUUACCUUACUAAAUAGACCAUCAAGAAAGUAUAUAUUGAGUAAAAAUGUUAAUAUCUAACAAUGAAGAGAUUAGUAGAAAUUGGAGCAAUAAAACAAUAUGAGUCCAAGUCUUAUGAGUCCAAUUCAUUUAUUCUUCAUUUACCCUCAUAAAUUACUUCAGAAUCACUGCUUCUACUUUCCAGACAGACUCUUAAGAACUUAUAAGAGGAACAUAUUCAACAGACGUGUUUAAGGAAUUCACAUUCUUAUGCUUUAUAUCUAAGCUUACAUUUUUCCUUCUACUGAUCAGCAGGAUUAUUUCCUUUACCUAUUUUUGUACCAUAAACUGUGAUGGAAGAACAUGCCAAACUGUGCUAACUUUAAAUUAAUAUUGUGUCCUCCUUUUAAAAAGAACUAAAUUAUGGACAGAAAAUGCCUCUUCACUAUGAUAUUUACCUUUUCUCCCUAAUUUUAGGUGUUCAGACUUACCUACCUAUCAAUUCAUUCGUAAAAGCUUAAUCCUAAAUUUUUGGUAAUACUGCCACCAAGUGGUGGUAGUGAUGCCUCAUUCUUCCCAAAAUAAAAUUAUUUUGCUUUGAGUGAAAAUCAUAUUUGAUUAAUGAAUUUUUCCAUUCCAUGUC